CUUUGUGAUAUAACCGGAAAGGAAAAGAAAAAUCCAAAUUUUCUAUUCUUCCUCUUCACUAAAUUUCUGCUUCAAUAAAUUUGAGUCCAUUCUAUCACUUCAGGACUCUUAUCCACAUUAUCAACAAUGUCUUUGCUCAUUCCGGCGGCCUCGCCAUCGGUCGAGGACCAGCCGCCGCCACCGCUCCUGCUUCCGCCGUCAUCUGCAGCUACUCCUCUCCCCGAUGUGAUGCCGAAAAUAACCCCUAACCCCGUAAUAUCACCCCCUGCUCCCCCAGUUUCUCCUCUGCCUUCACUCCCGCUGGCCCCUCCUGCUCCAUCGCCUGAGAGAGCACCAUUGGUGGCACCACCACUUCCGGCGGCAUUUCCACCAUCAACUCCGGCAGAUCAAAAUCUUGCGCCGACUGUAACUUCACCACCGGCGCCGCUUGUAGUGGCUUCGCCACCAGCUUCCACUGCAAUCCCGACAUUCCCGGUUAAUUCUCCACCACCAGAUGCACCUCCAAGAACCGUCUCCAAAUCUCCUCCUGCCCCACAAAAACCAGCAUUGCCUCGAAGACAUUCUUCAAGACUGUCACCACCGCGUCCUACAGCACCUUUGAGAACACCCCAACCAGCACCAGUUCCAUCCUUACCAUCAGCGCCGACAGAGCGACCGACUAAGCCAUUGCCGACCUAUCCUCUGACUCCAGUACCGCCAUUGUCUCUUCCGGCAACACCUGCUGCAAUAUUCCCGACUCCAGCCACUGCCACUUCACCGAGUUCUGAUGAGCCAUUCUUUCCAGAGCUUGCCCUGCCACCGCCGGGAACUCAGAUUUCCCCAACAACACAGACACCAGAGGUGCUUAAUGGCAGCCUCCCACUGACCGGCGCAUCGGGUCAACCUGGCCAAGCCGCAGCCGAGGAAUUCCACAUGUCAGCCGGUCUGAUAGCUGGGUUAGCCGUUGGUGGGGCCCUUUUUCUAGUCAUCCUUGUUAUUGUAUGGCUCAUCUGCCGCAGAGGAGAGGGAAAACAAGGGAAGGGUAACUUCAACAAGGAUUAUUAUGGAACACAGCCCUCCGGACCAAAAGGAAAUGGAAGUGUUGUUCAUUCCGAGCCUAAGGAUGUUCCCUUGCCAAUGUCCCAUUCCAUCGCCAUGCCAUUGUCAGCGGAUCCAUCUGCUAACCCAGCCUCACUGACCAGCUUCUCGAGUGGUAGCUUUACGUACGAUAAGCUGGUGCGAGCCACUGAGAACUUCUCAGAGGCAAACCUCCUAGGAGAAGGCGGUUUUGGGUACGUGCACAAAGGAGUCCUCUCAGGUGGUAAAGAGAUUGCCGUGAAGCAGUUGAAGAUUGGGAGCGACCAGGGCGAGCGCGAAUUCCGGGCGGAGCUCGAGACCAUCAGUCUGGUUCACCACAAGCACCUUGUCACCUUGCUCGGUUACUGCAUCACAGGGUCGGCGAGGUUUCUCAUCUAUGAGUUUGUCCCGAACAAAACCUUAGAGUUCCACUUACACGGAGAUGGCCAACCAGUCAUGGAUUGGGCGACUCGACUCAGAAUUGCAAUCGGAUCAGCAAAGGGACUCGCAUACCUUCACGAGGAUUGCAGUCCGACUAUUAUUCACCGCGAUAUAAAGGCAGCUAACAUUCUUCUCGACUUUAAGUUCGAGGCAAAGGUUUCAGAUUUUGGGCUAGCCAAGUUCUUUUCAGAUACUAAUUCCCACAUCACUCACAUUUCGACAAGAGUUGUCGGAACUUUCGGGUAUUUGGCACCUGAGUAUGCAUCGAGCGGGAAAUUGACGGAAAAGUCAGACGUGUAUUCAUACGGCAUGAUGCUCUUAGAGCUCAUCACUGGAAGGACUCCUAUAAGCAGAACAGCGUCCAUGAUGAACGAGGCCUUGGUUGAUUGGGCAAGACCACUGCUUACUCGGGCCAUCAAAACGGGCGAUCUUGGUCUUAUCAUUGAUCCAAGACUGCAGAGCAACUAUGACUCCGACCAAAUGGUAAGAAUGAUGGAGUGCGCCGCUGCCUGCAUUCGACAGUCAGGGUGGCUUCGGCCCCGAAUGAGCCAGAUUGUUCGUGCGCUGGAGGAAAAUGAACCCCUAAUGGAUCUUGAAGAAGGAAGCACCCCAGGGCACAGCAGACUGUACAGUUCACUGGACAUAAAGAGACUCACUAUGGCACUGACAAGUCCAGAGUACGGACCGAGUCACCGGAGUGAUAACACGAGUGACUAUGGCCUCUAUCCUUCCUGUUCGAGCAGCGAGGCACACCACACAAGAUGAAAACGAUGCCAGUCAUGCAUAACUGGGAGCUUGCUAGUUUCACAAAACUACAUCCCAUUCCAUGGGCCAUGACAUUGUAAAAAAUUAUGUGUCAACAGAAUUCCACGAUAUAAUUUUUCAGUAUUUCCCAAAUAUUCAUUGAGAGAAGGUACUCUGAAACAGCAAUAUGAGGUAUAUAUUUGUUCCUUGCAGAGGGCUCAUGUGAUUAUUAGAUUGAUUAUGCCA